CCCUUCGGAGGCAGGCAGGCAGGCAGGAAGGGGCGUUCCCGGGAUUGUCCCGGGUGCCGGGAUGAUGGGCGCGAGGGUGACCCGCGUGUUCAGGCACUUCAACCUGGAGAGCCGCGCGCACCGGGAGAUCGGGAAGACCAAGCCCGCGCCCGCCCCCAGGCACCCGCUCCCCGCCGCCACGGAGCAGCAGCCAAGCUCGAUUGAAUUCCAGGAAGAGAUUAUGAAAAAAGAUGAGCACCUUGUUACUCUAUUAAAAGACGUUUACGUGGAUUCCAGGGAUCCCCCUAAACAGGUGAACAAAGGAAGAAGUUUGAAGACUGAAGAACGCAGCGUUACAAACAUAGGCAAUUUAAGCCAGCUGGAUGUUCAGACUGUUCCAAAAGGCAAAAUCUCAAUAGUUGAAGUCUUGACAAUUCUUACUAAUCAUCACCGCUCUCCACAGACCUGGACUGCAGAAAAAAUAUCGAUAGAAUAUUCUUUGGAGCUGAAGGAUGUGACUGCUCUCUUAACAUUCUUCAUGCCCUUUGCUGUGGAAAUUUUUCCUGAUAAAAACAAAAAAAACUCUGGAACCUAGAUAAAGAAAAGUCUCCUAAAUCUGUAAUGAACUGGUCCUAAUGUCUUGUGUUCUAAUUCACCAGUUGCCAUCAAAUGUGCCUGCAUUGAGUGGUAUCUAUUUUGUCUUUCACAUGCAUCCUGGGCAGGUUUGUCCUCCAGUUAUAUUGAAGCCUAACUCCCAUUUCUCUCAACCAGGGUAAGCAAAUGGAUGGUGGGAAAGGGGUAAUUUUUCCUCCUGAGACUUUCCUGCAGCUCCACACAACACUCACAAGUCUCAGUAUCCCACUCAUGCUCAUGUGUUCACUUCCUGUAGACACUUUGAAAAGAUGUGUAGAGGAAAACGGAAGUAUUUGGAGCUACUGGGAUUCUGAUGUGUUUGUGAGGAUGAGGUGGAAGUGUUUUUACAUGUUUUCAUGAGCAGGAGGGAGGUUCCAUGCAGUUUUGCAGCAAAAGCACCCCAAACCAUGUAGGGACUUCAUGGUUACAAAAGGGAUUGUGUCCCCCGAUUUCUUUGUGCCAAUCCCUAUUCUAUAUAAUAUUCUAAAGGCAUACAAAAAGAGAAAGCUGUCUUGGGUUUUCUAACAUUGCCUGGAAAACAAUCUACUUGGAAGACAUUGCCUGUUGUGCAGAUGUCACAUGACUCCAAAAAUUGAUUAUAUCUUAUCCUCGUCAUUUCUGCCCUUGCGUUCUGCAGAAGCUAUUGCUGUAAUAAUCCUCUGUAAAUAGCUUUAAUUAAAGCAAACAAAAUUGCACUGUUUUUUUA